CAAGAGAGGAGGAGUUGAAUGAUUCAGCCUAAAGCGGGCGUUCCCCCUUUCCCAACUUCGUAGAAAGGAGUGGCAGCCUGUGAUCACCGUGAAAUUACCUUUCUAUCAGCUUAUCCGGUUUAAACGUUUUUCUCUACAACCACAAACAUGUCUGUUUGGGAUGAUCUGGAGAUGCUCUUAGACUCUCCCUCCUCUUCAGUGACUGUAACCUCAAAUGCCAGAGGAACUGUGAAGGAAACAACUAAUUUUAAGGUGGAAGAAGAUGUUGCGGCUCUGAGGAAAGCCAUGGAAGGCCUUGGUACAACAGAGAAGACACUGAUUGAGGUGCUGACCCAACGAAGUAAUGCCCAGCGUCAGCUUAUCGGCACAGCUUAUCAGAAAGCCACUGGAAGGACAUUAGUGGCCGACUUGAAGGGCGAGACCCACGGAGACUUCGAGGAUUUGCUAGUGGCUUUGGUAACACCUCCUGCUGUCUACGACUGCCAUGAAGUCAUGAAAGCGAUGAAGGGUCCAGGGACCACUGAGAGCACUCUGACAGAAAUCUUUGCCUCCAUAUCCAACAAACAGAUUAAAGCCCUGUCUGAUGUGUACCAUAAAGAAACCGGAAGACUGUUGAUUCAAGAUCUGAAGUCAGAAGUAUCUGGGGAUUAUGGCAAAGCAUUACUCAUCUUGGCUGAGGGAAAGAGAGACGAGAGCACCAAUGUGGACACAGCAAAAGCUAAAGCAGAUGCCAAGGCACUGUAUGAGGCGGGAGAAAAGAAGUGGGGAACUGAUGAGGAGAAGUUUAUUGACAUCCUGUGCCACAGGAGUGUUCCUCAGCUUCGACAAACUGUGAUCGAGUACAAGAGUAUUAGCAAGAAGACUCUGCAGGAAAGCAUUAAAAGCGAGAUGUCUGGACAUUUGGAGAACCUCCUGGUUGCUAUUGUGAAGUGUGUCGAGAAUCUCCCUGCAUACUUUGCUGAGAGGCUUUUCAAGGCCAUGAAGGGAGCUGGAACCACAGAGUCCACGCUAACAAGAAUCCUGGUCAGUCGCUCGGAGAUCGAUCUAAUGGACAUCAAAGCAGAAUACAAGAAGAUGUUUGGAUGCACACUCUACAACCAGUUAGAGUCUGAGGUGUCGGGUGAUUAUGGUAAAACCCUCAAGCGGCUGUGUGGCCAAGAUGGCUGACUUUUCCAAGCACCAAUGUCUUCAAGUACAACCUGGAGCAGACCCAAUCUUCUUCUGCAUCCAAGGACAUUUUGCAAACUACCAUCACAGCAAAGCUGGAGAAAAGAGCCACAGAUGUUGGGAAACAGUUUCUCAGCUGAUCUGAAGACAAGACAUUACCAGAGAAUGUGUGCAAACAAGGGCAGCUAACUUUGCACGAAGAGAUUAUAACGUGUUCAACACAUGUAUGUCAACUAUUUCCAACAAAUUCUGAUUUCAUUCGUCCAAGUAACAAAGGAACCAAAUACAUUCUUAAGCAGAUGUCAGAUUUUAAGGACUAAGCAAGCAGAGAGUUUAAAGAUAGCUUCAGUAUUAAAGUUUGUGUUUCAUGUGAAGAGAAACAGUAAGAAAUGAAAACUACACCAUAUGACUUCUCAGAGUUGCAUUUGUUGCAUUUUAAUUGUUGUCAUAUAUUCCAUGAGACUGAGGCUUUUCUACUGAAAUAUUUCUUUAUAUAUAAAAACAAUGUUUUCAGUUUCUGUCGAUACAUUUUAGUUCAGUUACAGAUGUGGCUUUUACAGUUUUGUUAAAUUAGAUAAAAAAAAAAAAAAAAGGACUGCUUCAGAGGUGCUUCAUAGCACCAUGGUGCAGCUUUAACCAAAUCCA